GUCCCAAAACUAUGUAUGUCCCGCCCUAAAGCCCCCUUAUAUAAAGUCGCAAAUCCCUUACAGGUAAAAAUGUUAGGGAAGGUCCUUUCGCUUACCGCCAAAACAACGCUAGUUUUGCUCUGCAUUCUUUGGUGAACGCGUUGAAAAACAAUGCCACAGUGUGCGGUGGUCACUUGUAAUAAUUAUUACGGAAAAACCAAGGGUAGUCAUGUUAUCUAUCACAUGUGGCCGACCUGUCCGAAACGGUCAGCAAAGUGGUUGGAAUUGUGCGGAACCUCAGAGCCGGGCUAUUCUCGCGUGUGCAGCGAACAUUUUUCGGAGAAAUGCUAUAAGAGGGAUCUGGAACACGAACUGCUGGGGUUGCCCCUGAGGCGGAAGCUGAAGAAGGACGCCCUUCCGGAUCGCAGACUGCCCGGACGGAAGAACAACUGUAGGAAGGAGAACAACUUGCAAGGGAACGCUAAGAAAAGGAACAGUAAGGAGAGUUUGCCAAAAAAUAUCAGUAACAGCAAGGAAAACGUAAGCGACAAUAAUGACUCUCAAAAGCAGGAGGUGGUUCUCAAAGACAAAAACAAAAACAUAGAAGGCAACGACAGUCAAAAUCUCACAGAAGGCGACAGUGAAGAUUGUAUAAUCAUCGAUGAAAAAGAUACUAAACCCACUAUUAUUGAUGAGGAACCAAAUAAAAAAGCCAAAGACAAAGAGAGCUUUAUAAUCAUACGCAGGAGCAACAAAACGAAACUUCCAAUGCGAUCCAGCAUCCGCAUCGCUAAAAAAAAGUCCAUAGAAUCUUUAAGUGACUCGUUCACCACCAAAAUCAAUAACAAAACGAACCAGAAUUUUAAAACGAAAGCUGAAAAAUUCUCGGACAAGUUAAAAUUCCUUGCCAAAUUGGAAUUAAAAUUGGAACAAAGAAGUAUUACGCUCACACCAAUUAAACCCACCUCGCAAUUGGAUCACAGGUAAGAGUAGUUUGAAACGAGAAUAUUAAUUGGUUUUUUUUUACAAGUACAGAAUUUAGUU